UGGAGCUGAUGGGUGCCGUUCUGGGUGCGCGAAUGAGCCAGACAAUUCUGAGCAUGAACUCGUACCAGAUUGCCCGCACAGUUUUCUGGACGGAUUCCCGCACCGUGUGUAGUUGGCUCAACUCGGAUCAACACCGCUACAAGCAAUUCGUUGCAUUUCGAGUCGGAGAGAUUCAGGAGCUGACGAAGGUGGCGGACUGGCGAUGGAUUCCGACCAAGCUGAACAUCGCAGACGUGCUGACGAAGUGGGGUCAAGGUCCGCCGUUACAAAGUGAGGGAGAAUGGUUUUGCGGACCCUCGUUCCUAUAUCGGCCACAAGAACUGUGGCCAACGCUUGAAGUAGGGUACGAAGAGACCAACGAAGAAGCGCGAGGUGUCGUCCUAUUUCACGGGGCGAUCAACGUCGAACCGAUAUCCAGUUGGGCGAAGCUACUGCGAGUGACAGCGACCGUGGUACGCUUCAUCGCCAACUGUCGGCGAAAGAUACGAGGAGAGACGGUAGUUGCUGCACAGGCUACAGCAAAGCAGCAGCAGCUGAAGAAGACGACGGCAGUGAACUACGAAGCCAUCAAAGCGCCACUUCGGCGAGAAGAGCUCCAGCAGGCGGAGACAAUCCUGUGGCGGCAGGCUCAGUGGGAUAGCUUUCCGGAUGAGAUGAGCACGCUAACCAACAACGUAGCACGACCGCCGGGAGCACGGUUGGAAAGUAUAAAAAAGAGUAGCCAAAUCUACAAAAGUUCACCGGCAUUAGACAACGAAGGGGUACUACGCAUGGAUGGAAGACUGGCAAACAGCGUGGAGAGUUCCUUCGACCAACGGUACCCGAUAAUUUUGUCGCGUUCACAUGCGAUAACGCAGAAGCUGAUACAGCACUACCACGAGCAGUUCGGACACGGUAAUUCGGAGACCGUAUUCAACGAGAUGAGGCAGCGGUUCCAGAUCCCGAAAAUGCGUCCAGCGAUUCAUCAGGUAGUUAGCAAAUGUAUCUGGUGCAAGGUCAACAAGUGUCGUCCACGAACACCGAGAAUGGCUCCACUGCCGGUUGAACGGGUAACGUCUAGUCUUCGGCCAUUCAGCUCCGUAGGCUUAGAUUACCUGGGUCCGGUGGAAGUCACGGUUGGCCGGCGAAAAGAGAAGCGUUGGGUGGCAGUCUUCACCUGUUUGGCUGUACGUGCAGUGCACCUAGAGGUUGUGCACAGUCUCACAACCGAGUCGUGUCGGAUGGCCAUCACUCGUUUCCGCAGCAAGUUUGGCAAGCCAAGCCAAAUAUUUUCCGACAAUGCCACUUGCUUUCGCGGAGCGAACAACGAGAUGGUGAAGAUGGACGUCAUCAAUCGGGAGUGUGCAGAGAUCGUGGGCAGCUCAUCUACCGCGUGGCAUUUUAUUCCACCGGGUACCCCACACAUGGGAGGUGUCUGGGAGCGAAUGGUGCGGUCGGUGAAAGAGGCGAUGCGGGCGCUUGACGACGGGAGAAAGCUCUCGGACGAGAUCUUGGCGACAACUCUGGCGGAAGCGGCGGACAUGAUCAACACGCGUCCGUUGACCUACUUGCCGCAAGACUCUGGCGAAGCAGAAGCACUGACGCCGAACCAUUUUCUACGGGGAACGGUGUCGGGUGCUGACUUGGAGGUGGAGAGGUUUUCGACGGGUCCUGCCGAAGCUCUGCGGAACGUUUACAAGCGGUCCCAGCUUCUGGCAGACAAAAUGUGGGAGAGAUGGUGCCGGGAGUAUCUUCCGACGAUCAACCAGCGGUCGAAAUGGUUCGACGAACAGAAGCCGAUCGACGAAGGUGACCUGGUAUUCGUGGUCGAUGGGAAGAACCGGAAGUCCUGGAAACGAGGCAUUGUGGUGGCGGUGAUGAAGGGUUCGGACGGACGGAUUCGAAUGGCGGACGUGAGAACUGCGGACGGCAAGGUUCAGAGACGAGGUGUGGUGAAUCUAGCGGCGUUGGAGAUUCAGUAAAUCCGGGAAGACCGGAUGUUACGGGCUGGGGUGUUACGACGCCGCGUUAACAGCCCUGGUCGCAGCAUAACAGCAGCAUGACAACUCGCACGCAUCAGUGGUAGUAUAAGGAAGACAGAGAGAAUUAUUACGGUGGUGGUAGGUAGUGUAGGAAGUAAACAGGAGGAAGAAAAAUAAUAAACAAAGUUCGCCAUCGCUUUGGAAUGUGAAUUCACAAUUAAUUAGAUAGCAAAUCGAAAAUAGUUCUCGUGGAAUUUAAUUGUAUUUUUAAAUCGUUUACGAUUAGCAGGAAAAGGUAUCAGUCAGUUGUGAUAAUAAAUCCAACUCGGUUGAAAAUCAAAAUCCCAGUUCGGAGUGACUUCGGCUACCAAUCAGGUGGAUUUGCAGUCAAAGUAAAGUCGAUCCAGUUCCACGGAAAAGUCGCUGGCAAAAGUAGGGUAGUUGAACCAUACUUCAACACCCAAAUAUAAGGAAUCGAGGAGCAUUGGUACAGUGGGAGAAACCAGUUUAUUUUUCAGCAUUGCUGAAAACUAAUCAGCUGCUUCGGGAAAACUUGGUUUCCUUCAAAGAUUCUAUCUAAUGUGAUAGAAAGGCGCGCUAUGGAGCGGCUAAAGUUAUGGAAAAUGGAGUACGAGGAUAGAGAGAAGCAGAUAGAACACGACUAUCAACAGAGCCUUUUGGAAAUAGAAGAGGAAUUUAAGAAAGCUGCAGAAAAGAUCCGGUCAGAAUUUGCUGCAGAACGACAAAAAAUUAUUACGCAGUGUGGUGAGACAACUGCAUGCAACAGGACAUGAGGAUCCGCUUCGUCUGCGAAAAAAUAAUUUCAAGAGCCAAGCGUCUGUGUUGAUUCGUUUUUCCAAGGGAUAAGCCUGCUGAAUAUUCUUCAUCCAACCACAAAAAAUGGCGACUAUCGGACUUCAAGUUCAUCCGGCACCCGAAAUCUGCUUUGCUAAGCUGUUCAAGACCAUUGGCGUGUAUGAGCGUGCAUGACAGAGAAGAAUUUUAAUCUGCAUUUACAUCUGGUACAUGAACUUUUGCUUUGAAAAUGGUUUUGUGUUAUGUCUUUUAGGUAUUAGUGGCAAGUCCGAAUUGGAUUUUGGAUCAAUAAAAACACAUAUUUGGCAUGUAUGGCAUCAAUAAAAAUCAUGUUAUGCAUAAAUCAAACGAACUGUCUCGUUUUAUUAAAAACAAUUAAUCCCAGAAUUACAAUAUUUUCAGUAAAAUUUACAAAAUUUUCGGUGAUUUGCCAUGUUUUCGACGAUUCCAGUAAAUUACAGAUCUUGGUUAUUUUUCGGUAAAUGUUACCGAAUUUUCGGUAAAUUUGACAAACGAUGCCUCUGACACAGAUUACAAACUUUUCGGUAACAUCUUAUUUUACCGAAACGUUUACCGAUCGUUCAGCUGUUGAGAAUUCGGUGAAUAAUUUACCGAAGUCGGUAAUUUAUUCUAAGUGUGAGUAUGUUUAUCAUAAACUUCUGCGGGAAAUUGAAACAACAUCGGCCGCUGGUUCUUCAGUUUAUGCAUCUAUGCAUAAACAAAUCACAACAACGGGAUCGUCCACGGUUAAGAUAAAUGAUCGGAAGAACAUCACUAGCUGCGAGAUUAAACCAAUUGAUGUUCAAAAACACUUUAAUACUAUCCAACAAAUCACUAAUCUUGAACCUUUCCUUUCCAAAAAUACGGGAAAACAAGCAUCGAAACUACUUUCGUACAUCACGAUGAAUGAAUGCAAAUGGCUUGUAUGGCAAUGCGAAUUAUACGGUUUGUUUGUUAUUUUCGACCCAGGAGGUAUUAGUGCGAGGGAACCUGUAUAUCAAAUACUAUUGGCAAACAGUACGCACAUCACUACAGCGAAUACGACAAGUGAUCGGUGGCUGUUGUAGGAGUUAUUCCAUGGGAAUUUAACAACAAACUAUUUGGCUGGUUACCAGUGUCACGUUCGGGGGUGUUAAGAAAGUUCAUUAGUUGAUUGGUGAAACUGGCAACACGGAAAAGUUGAAGAAUAUUAUAGUGAAAAAUAUGUUGGGAAAAAAGGUCCGCUAAAUUAUAAUACUAGAAUGUAAGUUUUGGAUAUGAAUUAAUAUUGUAUUUGAAUAAUAAAUUAAUUAAUUACAGCUUUGAAGCUGAUCAAAAAGAAUCUGCUAUCAAAAAGUAUUUUGAUGUGACUAUUCCCAACAGUUGGUUACGGGGAGCUGCUGUUGUCGGAUAACUUCUUCUCGUAGGAGUAGGAUAGAUUCACCGUCGAGGACUACCAGAGUCGUUUGAGAUCGCUAUCGAGGCGGGAGCUGAAUGGCUCAAUGACUAAGUUGCCCAGUCAUUCUACUCUCUAAGUAGAGUCGAGUACCGACUUAAAACGGCGGCUAAUGGCCAUAAAACCGUGGCGGAUCCAAUCCUGCCACCCAGUUUUGCCUACUGGGUGGGAGCAGGUUCCAAUGAGCUAAUAAACUAUAGAUGAAGACUCGUCAUUGGCAAAACAUCUUUUGCUGGCGAGGAUAGGGCGCUAAAUGUCAACGAAGGAAAAAUCAGUACGUAUUGACAGAUGUGUACCCAACAUGUUUGGGAACGAGAACAAAGGGAACCGCAGCGACAACCGUCCUCUAUAGUUUACUAAGGUCGUAAACAAAAUUAUCUGCUUGAUGAUUGAAUGCAUAGCUUUCGCCUACAAUUAUUAUAGUUCAUUGAACCGGUAAAUAUCAAUGUUCAUGAUCCCUUAUCAUGAAGAAUCAUUUUUAUUUCGCGAUAGGAAUUACACAACCAUUGAAAACGAUUAAUUCACAUAUGUUUUCAAUUGAGUGCCAAACCUUGGUUACGACGUUAUGAAAUGUCACCUAGAUUUGUUGAGUUUCCACGGUUUCCACACGUGGAUUUCCCUAUUGGACCCGACCGUUUGAAAUAGUCGCUCCUUGAACGGUCGUUGAAAUCGCCGUUUUCACCUUCACACCCGUCUUCAUAGUAAAAUCUGUCAAAACUGACAAGUCUGCCACGUGGUUUUUGCUGUUUACCUCGGACUUCUCUUUCUUUUUCCGAUGUUUUGACAUCUGUUUUGAUAGACAAGAAGCAAAAAACAAGGUAAUCUACCAAACAUUUAAUGAGUUUGGCAAACCUUGCAGGAAAAGGGAACGUUUGAAAUAGGCAAGUGAACCGACCUUCGAUUCCAUUGGUCAAGUAAAUCCACAAUACCAAACAAGAAGAAGAUCGUCAUCCAGCUGGUUUCUCUCUCUCAGGUUUUCUACCUCUAUGGUAGGCUCAGAUACCAUUUCCUGACUUGCGCUGAUCUGGCUCUGAACUCGUAAAUGUAAACCCUCGCAUCGACACGCUGGGCUGGCAGAUUCCCCGGUUGCGGGUGUUUGUCUAGCAGCUAUAUAACAGCAUCGAGUUUGCGAGCCUUAUGGUACGUUUUGACAGGGCAAGUGAAUUGAACAACUCAGGGUCUGUCUCAUUUGGAGAAUUAAACUAAAAAGUGACAGUUCGAAAAUUAAAAAAACACCCCGUUAUAAGAAUGGCUGGUGCUACCCAGCAAUUCCAAUAA